GGUCUCGCCAAUAGCUCCUGUCAACUAGCAUGCCCCUGGACUAGGAAAGGGGUCCGGCGCAUUCUUGCGAGCCGCAUCGUGGUUGUACGCGCGCAAAAGUACGUGACGUUGCCGGCGACCAUCAUGGUCCAACGUGACAACUACCUCGAUCACCUCGACCCCUUCGACGACUGUUCCCAGCACCCGGCCGCCCAGCGCAACAACGACGACGACGACGAGGCUCGACCAAACGAGAUGACGCCAACGAUUCCCCUUGCCUACGUCGUGGAGCUGCUCGACAUCCUGGGCGACGACGUGGUGCGCGUGCGCGACUUGUUUGAGGCGCACGCCAGACACCAGCGCGUGAGCCUCGAAGGCAUGACAGACAUCCUUGCAUCCGAUGGCGCCGGCGUGGCGCUGGACCUCGUGCUGCGACUGGUCUCGGACAUGGUUCAGAGCCGCACGGUGGCGCUCCAAUCGGUGCCAUUCGAUUUGAAGGCGCACGUACUUGGCUACACGGAUGUGCUCUCGGUUUACGUCGUCUUCCACCGGCAGUACUACAAUCGAUGACGCGCCAUGCGUAGCCUUGGGUUGCAAUUUAACACCUUUGUCGUGUUGA